CUUAAAUCAAACGAGAGGUCAAACGAGUUCGUUGCUAGUGUUUAUCAUUUAAGCAGCAAGCAAUAAUGGACGUUGGUUAUAGUUAGUAAAUGGCCCGAAAAUGAGUGAAAACAUCCUUCGGGGCUACGUGGACGUGAAAAUAUCUUCGAGAAGCAAACGAGGGUUAACGCCCUGGAAGGCCUGGAAACGGCAGUGGUGCGAAAUUAAGCGGCUUGAUGACAUAGAAAAUGGGGUGGAACUCAAGCUCAAAUCGAGUGCCGAUGGAAACCCUCUCAAUUGCCUCAGAGUGCCACGUUCGGCAACCCUCUGCCGCACGGAUUCGCGCACCAAACAAUACGCUUUCGGUGUUUUUAACCUGACCAAAAGCAAGAAACCACUUCUUUUUCUAUCGGGAUGUUCGGAGAGCGAUUCUCAAGAGUGGAUGUUGUCUAUAAGAAAGAUGCUUUCGAUCGCUUCUUAUAUACCAGUUGGAGAUUCGAAUUUUCAUGUAUCCCUUGUUGACAAUAAGCAUUCGAGGGCGGCUGGGCUGCUUGGACUAUUUGGUGUGUUAGGCGUGAGCCCUCAGGGUAUUGCGGUGUGCGAUCCAUGUACAGGUGAACCAAAAAUUACAUGGAAAUGGUACCAGUUUCAUCAGUUCCACAUGCAGGCAUCAUUGAGGCAGCUGGACGAUAAAAAGAUUGUCGUGGUGCAUACCAGUGGGGAUUUUCCUGCGGGACCUGGUCAGCUGCAUCUCUACUGCGGUGACGGACCGCGCCUGCUUCAGUAUCUGGUUUCCCGAGGGACCGGCCCAGGUCUCGUCAGCGCAAAAAGGUUCAGUCUCAGCGAGGGAGACUUGUGCUUGGGGGGUCGGUGUUGCCCGACGGGCAGUCCCCAUUGUAUCCGGAGCCAGAGCGAGAGCGACGACUCGGGUUUGCCCAUAUCCAGCGUCUCGGAGGACCUCGAAUGUGGAGCCCAGCUUGGCGUCAGUAUGAUAGCCAAAACGCCGGGAGGCAGCGAGACCGAAGACUCCUUUGUUGAUUUGACCGAGGAACCAUGCGCUUCGAGAAUGGUACGCAACGAGUCCGAGGUGUCGCUAUCAUCGGGGGUCUACGAGGAGAUUCCUGAUUUUGACGAAUGGGACCGACCUGCCACGCCUGUUUGCCACAUCUACGAGAAUCCCGCGGAGCUGGUGUUUGGCGACAAGAUUGGUCGGUUGUUCAGCCCGCCUCCGCCUCUGCCGCCGCGGACCAUGACGUUGGGCCGGCCCAUUUCGAGGUGGGCGGAGUUCAAGACCCGUUGCAAUACGUUGCCCGCGAAGGAUCUGUUAAAGGUUUCGCAGAGGUUCAUGGCCGAUUCAGAGUACGUGGUGAUGAGUCCUGCAAGGUCUGUCGUGGAAGGUGUAUAUGUCCCCAUGUUCAAAGCCAAUGCCGUCGAGAGUUAUUACAUCAGUAUGGGCGGAGGCGCAGGGAACACUUAACGCCGUGUUGCUGGUUCGAAUUCUAGCGUAUAAGGCGGUUAGACUGCGGUUAGAUUAGGUUAUAGUGGACGUUUGUUACCAUAUCGACGAUGCGUCGGGCUGACCUGACCCAAUAAUACUACUACUGUCUAUUGUUUUUCAUAUUCUAUUACAUUUUAGAACAUAGAUAUUUCGAACUUUAUUAGCAAAACCAUGGAUAGAACAGCAGACAAAUUUGGUAUACUUUGAAUACAUUGUCCCCUUGAUUAGCAAAAAAUAUUAAUUCCAAAUUGUUACCAUUGUUUAUUUCACCAAAAACGUCUGUUUUUCAAAAAAAUAUUGGUGCCUUGGUUACAGCAAAAACACUUGUUUAUGGGUCAGGCCACGCUCAUUAGGUUUAAAAUGGGAGGGUGCUGCGAUUUCCCGACGACUGACGGCCGAGACGACACUCCUCUCGUGCUCACGAUUAGGCGUCCGGUGGGCGGGGCGUUGAAUCGGUCAUAUCAAGUAUAAGUUGGAGACUGAUCACAGUUUGUAGCUUUCCGCGUGUGCUCACCGGCUCGAUGUUGCCGCUUUUCGUGACUGUGUGUGUUUGUUUAUGUCGAUGCGGAUUUUAGAGAAUUGAAAAAAACAUGACAAGUGCGUUAGCGAAGAUGCUCGCGCUCCAUUUCGAUGUGAUACUUUUACGACUGACCCGUAAGGUGGAUUUUUUGAUAUGUGCGUUUUUCUUUGUCAAUAAAUUAUUUUUUUUUCGUA